CGACACAAUGGACCAAAUGGCCUCCCUCUGUGCCAUUAAAAUCCUGUGAAUCUGUGAUAUCAGUAGUUCAGCUGCAGCUGGGGUCUUGUGUCCAAUUCAGGACACCACAUAUCGGGAAAGAUGCUAAGGCUCUGGAGAGGGUGCAGUUUACUGACAAAUCAACAGCAUGAUGAAUGCAACUGAAAAGCUGCACAUCACAAGCAGCGACUACGGUUAUGACUAUGAAGACCUGUUUUCUCCAUGUGACAAGGGAUCUGCAAAAAAAAUUGGUGAUAGCUACCUACCAGUGCUUUACUCACUCGUGUUUGUCUUUGGGCUCCCAGGGAAUGUUCUUGUACUGUGGAUUCUUCUAAAAUACGCAUGGCUGAAGAACAUGACAGGAAUUUAUGUUUUCAAUUUAGCAUUAUGUGAUUUGCUUUUUGCUAUAACCCUUCCCUUCUGGGCAUAUUUUGCUGCAAAUGAAUGGAUUUGGGGAGAUGCCUUUUGCAAGAUCAUUAAUGUCUGUUAUAUGCUUGGCUACUCCGGUGGUGUAAUGUUCAUAAUCCUGAUAAGUAUAGACCGGUACCUUGCGAUUGUUCAUGCUGUGUCUCCGGUCAGGGCUAGGACAGCUCGAUGUGGGAUUAUUUCGAGUGUAGUGAUGUGGUGUGUAGCUACGUUCACCUCUCUUCCCACGAUGAUAUAUAACAAAAUCGACAACAUUGAUGGAAGAAUUGUUUGUCAUACUUCCUUUCCAUCUGAAACAUUAUUGAGAUGGAAACUUCUUAGCCUUUUCAGUGCCAAUGUGCUUGGGUUUUUUAUCCCAUUUGCUGUGAUGGUUUUCUGUUAUACGGGAAUAAUUCAAACUCUGCUUAAAAGCAAAAGUUAUAAGAAACACAGGGCUUUAAAAGUUAUAUUUAUUGUUGUGACUGUGUUUUUUGUAUUUUGGACACCGCACAACAUAGUGAUGUUCCUGGAGUCUUUGAGAGAACUGCAUAUUUUAACUGGUUGUGAAUUCAGCAUACGGCUGAUUAUUGCCCAGCAAAUAACUGAAUCCAUCACGUUUGUACACUGUUGUUUAAAUCCUAUAAUUUAUGCGUUUUUGGGUGAAAAGUUCAGACUGCACCUCCGCAGAGUUUGUCACGCCUGUUUGCCUUCAUGUAUUAUAUAUGAAUUACGGGACAGGCUUCAUUUUGCCCCUCGUGAUUUUACUACCUUAUAUCGGUCACAAUCCUCUGGUAGCCAUGACUCGUCCACAUUUAUGUAAUUCAGCAUUCAACUGUUUUAGUUCAAUACGGAAGUGCCGGUAAAUACCUUUGUGUAUAUACUCUGUUCUCUCAUUUCUGCAAACUUAGGCUACUUUUAAUUUGUGUCUAAACACAAAAUCAUCUGCAAAACUAAAAUGGGGUUGUAAAUGUUUUUCACAAUGUUUUAUUUGAAGAGUAGCCUGAUUACGCUGGUAGAUUAAUACAAGUGCCUAUUGGUGAUGGAGAUAAUUUUGAGGUGGUACACUUUGGCUGGUGAAUAAAAGUGGCCACAUACUUCCUGGAAAGCAAAUGUCUAAAUUACAUUUGGGAACGGAAGACCCGUCUGGUGGAUAUGAGUUGUCCACAUUUCUGUAGUUCAACAUUCAGGUGGUUUUUGUUCAAUAUCAAGUGUCCGUAAAUAUAUAUGUAUAUACACUCUGUUCUCACAUUUUUUCAAACAUAUGUCUAAACAUAAAACCAUCUCCAAACCUAA